AUGCGCAGACAAGGAAAAGUAACACAACUUGCGAUGGAUCGCAUUUCGGCGCUCGAGAGGAAGAUAGACGAGGCCGUUAAGACCCUGAGUGAAGGUUUGCAAUCACAAGAGGCCACUCUAACUAAGCUUUUAAAUGAAAGCAAUAUACACCGAGUCAUCAACCCACUGACAAGGUUGACGGAUGUGGCUCGCAACGGCCACAAGGGAGAGCCUGUUAGUCCGAUGGAGCAGAUCACCCUUUUAAAAUGGCCAGCCAUCAAGUGCCUGCUAGAGACAGCUUAUGCCGGAGACUACGUGCUCCAGUUAGAGGAGCAACGGGGUCCGAUCAGUAUACACGGUCAGAGAGAGAACUCAUACACAGCAAACGACACGGUAUUGCCCUCGUCCCUCCGACCAAAGAAAGACUAUGAACAUACCACUGGACUCCCAAUCCCCGAUGAUACCUUCAAUAUUAUGAGCCCUGCCUCGUCUGCAGACAGUCUUGCGGAAAUAGAUCGGACUGGGUCUCUAAGACUCGACGCGAGGACGGCUCACCGGUAUCUUCAAAGCUAUCUUGACGGCAUGCACAAGUUGCAUCCUUUCUUGUGCCAAAAUGACCUGACGAGAAAGGCCAAUGCAUUUAUUCGCUGCUAUUGCGCACAAGAUUCAUCAAUAACGUUCAAUGCUAAUCCUCUACGUCGCGAUAAGAAGCGGAGACGGUCAUACGACGACCUACAAGGGGCUCAAAUGUGUUCGGCAUUCGCGCAGCCAAUGGAAGUAGGACAGAAUAUCGAUAAUGCUAUAACUCUGCUGGUGUUUGCGAUUGGUGCCUUUUGCGAGCAGAAAUGUCUUCUACCGGGGUCAAUGACGGAUGAACAGACUCUUGACUAUCGCCAGCAACCGAUCGCGAAUCCACUUACAUUGAAAUAUCCUUGUCCGCUAAUACCAUCUAUGGAUGAUGCAUACUCAGUGACCAGUGCUCGAUACACCUCCAACUCAGGUUCCACCGCUCAGGAGCAGAGACAAGAUUUCUCAAAACAUGCAAUCUCUACUAUGCAAGGCGACUACGUCCACGUGAAGAAGCAUGAGGUGAUACCCGGAUUAGCUCUGUACGGUUAUGCCGCAAUGAUUCUGGGUGUGAUGCAAGGAGGCAUCGGGCUCCCACAUCUCCAGGCCAGGCUGCUUGCAGCUCUAUACGCCGACCAGUUGGUUCAUCCGCUUCAGAGUCAUGGCUGGAUCUGCCAAGCUGUACAAAUUUGUCAAGCUUUGGUCAGACAACAGAAACGCUUCCCGGGGAGGGUGUCGGAGAGCCCCACCCAGGAUCUCUUCGACUUCGCCUACUGGACAUGUGUGCAGCUAGAGAGCGAUCUCCUCGUAGCACUUGACCUUCCGGCAAGCAAUACCCGUUUGGACGCAGGUGAAAUUCAUCUACCCAAGGGUCGUUUUACAAUUGACAUUUCCAACGACUGGACAGCGCCAGCUGCUCGUAUGCUGAUCAUCCAUUCGGCUCGGAUCCACCUCCGCAAGAUUAUUAACCAUGUUCAUUUCGACCUUUACCGUCCGAAGAAGAAAAGGCAGCUCGGACGGUUGUGGUCUGAGACACUAGAAGCUCUCAAUGCGAACCUAGAACUCUGGCGAGAAAAUCUUCCGAGUAUGGUGAACUGGAAGGACAACGAUCCACCUGCCACCGAAAUCAAUGCCGCUCGCAUGCGUGCUGAAUACUACGACGCCCGGUAUAUGAUUCAUCGCCCGUCGCUCUAUAGCACCCUGAACCACGGACAACGUGGCGCCCAAGUGCGCGUACAGUCGAAUCCCACGGCUGUCGUUGAAUCCACAGAAGUAUUUUCGACGACCUUACUAGCAAGCAGGGCUUGCAUUCAAUCGGCUAUCCAUAGUUCAACUGCAUUUGACGGUGUCAAGGACAGGCUAAUCUUGACGAAUUACUUUGGUAUUGCUCAAACGUAA